AGAAUGAUUUAAAGAAUCCCAUAAACACACUCCUAAACCUUGUGGGAAGCCUUCUGCUUUGCUGUUAUAGCAGCAAAGAGUGGACCGUACAUUUAACCCUAUGGAUUAAGAAUGGGAUGUCACUUAAAUUCAUAUGCGAGUCAAGUGAUGGAGAGGAUGCAUUUCUGUCCUCAUUGUGGUACCCGGCUACAACCAGGCUUCAGAUUCUGCCCAUCAUGUGGAGUGAAACUGUCAGGAGAUAGUGAUCCUGCAAGUCCUGAAUCUGUGGCAUACACGGACAACAAUGCUGAAAUGGAUGAUACAAAAAAGUUUGAACCCUGCUCACCUCAAAUACACUCACCAGCGAGGAAGACUCGUCAGACUGCUCCCAAUGUUAAAAGCCACCCUGUAACACCUCCAUCUACAGAUACAAAAAAGUUUGAACCCUGCUCACCUCAAAUACACUCACCAGCGAGGAAGACUCGUCAGACUGCUCACAGUGUUCAAAGUGACCCUGCAACUCCUCCUUCUACAGGUCGGAGAGUUUUUGCAUCGCCUCGUAAACGUAAGGCGAUUGUCCAAGAGGAUUCAGAAGUAUGCUCUGCUUCUCUACUGAAUACCUCCCCUCAAACAUCUUCUGUAGUCAAAGGAAAAAGUGCAAAGAUCAUGGGUGCGGUACAUCCUCUUAAGGAAGGAGUGGAACUGAAUGAUCAAUCAGGGGUAAAAUGGAAACUUAUGAAAUUGCUGCAUCAGAAUGACAAUGAGAUCACAUAUAAAGUGUUGAAUGGCUCAGUCCCUAGCUGCCUUGAUCAGAACUACAUUCUGAGACUGGCAGCCAAAGACGGACAGAUCUUCACUGAACAGAACUUUCUUCAGAGAGCAGCCAAAACAGUCACAGUGGAAAAAUGGGUAAAGCGCAUGAAGCUGGACAACUUAGGAAUGCCCACUUGUUUGGGGUUUGGUCUCCAUGACAACUAUAGAUUUUUGGUGUUUGAAGACAUGGGACAGAGUCUUCACUCAAUAAUACAAAGUGAGACCAAACCUUUGUCACAGAAAGUAGUCCUCAUGCUUGCCUGUCGAAUACUGGAUGUAUUGGAGUUUGUACAUGAGAAUGAGUACACACAUGCCGACUUACAUGCUGAAAACGUCUACAUCAACUCAGGCAGCCACCCAAAGGCGAUUUUGUCUGGCUUUGGUCGAGCAUUCCGGUUUUGUCCGGGUGGGAAACAUGUUGAGUAUCGGGAAGGUAGCAGAGCACCACACCUCGGCCACCAUGAUUUCAUCAGCCUUGAUGUCCACCUUGGUGCAGCGCCAUCAAGGCGAAGUGAUUUGCAGUCACUUGGUUACUGUCUAAUCCACUGGAUGACAGGAGCGCUUCCAUGGAGUUCCACAACUCACAAACCCAAUGAUAUUGCUGCAGAGAAACGGAGGUGCUUACAAGAUCUCUCUCAUCUUCUGCAUCACUGUUUUGGAACAGAAAAGGUGCCAGGAGCAUUACAGGAGUACCUGUGUCAGGUGAUGAACCUGACCUACUCAGAGACUCCGGACUACACUCAGCUGAAGGUUGGGCUUAGGAAUGGAUUGCAGCAAAUGGGUGUAGCUUUAGAGGACCCUUUUGACCUCCAUAUGUAAUCACCUUACAGUGCAUAUUUAGAUAUUAAGAUAUAAAGAAUGUGUUGGAUUUGCCCUGUUUUUAAGUUUCAGAUGCAUUUGUAUGUUUUAAUAGGUUCUUGGGUGGGUUUAAAAUACUACAUGACUCGUGACACAAGGUUAUAUAUUUUUAAUUUUUGACAAAGGUUUUAAGGUCCUCCCAGAGACAGGUAGUGGGUGGAGUAAUCAGUGGGAUGAUUUGAAAUGUAACUCAUUGUGAUUUCAUGUUGAAAGAGAACUACUCUCAUUUAAUACUAUUACAGAAACUGCUUUUAUUUCUUGUCGUAAGAAAGCCAUAUUAAAGUAUGUUCACAAGUAUGUUUCUGUUUUUUUUUUUUUUUGUAUAAAGGACAGAACAUGAAUGUUACCGUUUUUCACCUGUUUUACUUUUGUUCUUAAUCUUUAAUUGAAUGACUGCUUUGCACACUGGUGGUAGACCUAUUCUCAUAUGACACCCAAACCAUUAAUACAUGUUCAGUAAAGGGUUUUUUUACUGUAAAAGUGGGAAAGGUGUAUAAAUGUAUUUUCAGUGUUCCAUGUUCUGCAUAUUAUAAUACAUUAUCCAGAUAAUGUUAGCCAGCUUGUCACCAGAUCACUAGGUCCCAUGUCUUUAACUCAUUUUCUUUCUUCAAGUUUCUGCCUAAUGAAUGGAUGUUUCUUGUAAUAAAGCAGAAUUUUCUUUCAUUCCA